GCCGCUGGUCUGCUCUGAGCCACCGUCCAGAAAUGGUGUAGAAUAUCAGGAAAAACAGCCAGGGAAAAGAGCCAGAAAGAGGAGCAAGGCUUUACGGUAACGCAUGAGUCUAUGUGCUGGAAUGGUACACGCGCUCAGCACACUUAACCUGGAAAGCAGCCAGCAUCUCUCUUUGUGCCGGUCUACUCAGCUGUGGAAGGCAAGGUCCGUCUGAGUCAGAUGGCUCAAUUACGGGCUACCCGACCAAUCUUGCCUCGGGAUCAGAGGGUAUCUCUGUCUUACACACUGUAACAAAGGCUGUGCCCCGCUUGCUCUGUUUGGACAAGACCCAUCGACCAUCAUUGGCCUCAGGGGAUAACCCCAGCAUCACCAAGGACAUGCUACUUUGUAGAGCAGAGGAUGUGGAAGCUGACUAUAAUGCCAGGACCCUCUCAUUCAUUAGACAUUAACCAGGCACAGGAGAGCCAUUCAGAAGAGUCGGGGGUCAAAGGUGAGAAGAGCAGAGGGCACCAUGGAGAGUGAGCCGGGGGCCCCUGCCCCCACGGCCAACAGCACCGGGACCGCCACCGCCUCCACCGCCACCUCCUCCAGCACCACAGCUGCCAGCAGCAGUAGUACCUCUAACACUACUGCUACUACUUCUACCACUCCCUCCAGCAGUAGUAGUAGUAGUAGUAACACAAACAGUAGUGCCAGUAGUAGUACUGUAGCAGGGAGGCAGGCGGUGCCUCAGAUAUCUGUUUACAGUGGGAUACCCGACCGGCAAACAGUGCAGGUGUUCCAGCAGGCGCUACACAGACAGCCUAACACAGCAGCACAGUACCUGCAGCAGAUGUACGCGGCUCAGCAGCAGCAUCUGAUGCUACAGACCGCUGCCCUCCAGCAGCAGCACAACCUCAGCACCGCUCAGCUGCAGAGCCUGGCUGCUGUCCAGCAGGCCAGUAUCGCUGCUGGCCGGCAAAGCUCUUCACAGAACGGCACUUCAUCCCAGCAAACAGGAACAACUCAAGCUACGCAGUUCCAUUUCCUGUGUUGCGUGCCCGAUAUCAGGACUACACCAGCAGCACACCUUAAGAAAAGAAUCAACCUGACCACCUCCCCGGCAGCAGCGCAGCUCAUCAGCAGGGCCCAGAGCAUAAGCUCCACCCCCACCAGUAUUUCCCAGCAGGCUGUUCUACUGGGCAGCCCAUCCAGCCCCACGCUCACAGCCAGCCAGGCACAGAUGUACCUGCGUGCACAGAUGGCCCAGCAGAGUAACCUGGUGCAGGUGGCCCGGAGUCUGGGCCGGGCGGUUCCUCUGUCCCCGCAGCUCAUCUUCACUCCAACUGCCACAGUGACGGCUGUCCAGUCAGAGAGCUCCUCGCAGGCCUCCUCACAGAAUCAGGUCCAGAAUCUAGCUAUCCGUGGCCAGCAGGGGGCGACCACGUCCUGCUCUCACACUCAGACCCUGCAGGCUCUCAGUCUGAAGCAGAGCCCCGUUCCCAUCCAGCCGGCCAAUCUGAAGAAUCCAAGCCAAGUAGCGCAGGCCUCCACAGGAGCAAAGGGCGGCUCCUCUGACAGUUCAUCUGAAGCUGGGAAGAAGGGGGACAACUCAGAACCCCGAGCUAUAAACAUGAGCCGCAACGUCACAUCUAUCAGCGCUCAGCCACUGAUUGCUCCAGCGUACACUCAUAUCCAGCCCCACUCCCUGGUUCAGCAGCACAAGCAGCAGCAGCAGCAGCAACAGCAGUUUGUGGUCCAUCAGAGUCAAGCCUCCCAGAGGGCCGCGGGCCAGCUGCUGCAAACAGCCUCCAUUCAACCGUCUCAGCACCCAGUUCCUGUGCUGCCCAAACCUGCUCCGCACCAGCCCUCCAUGCCCAGCCAGCAGGCCACCAUAUUCCACUCCACCAUCAGCCCCCACGCCCUCCACUCCUCCCUGAACCACGCCAAAGCUCAGCCCGUCCAGCUCACUGCCAUCAACCUGCAAAUACAUCCAACAGCCUCCCGAAUGCUUCACGACAAUAAAGAUAAACCGACCUCACUGGUGGUCAGAGAGAUGUGUCCACCCCCUGCCACGCAGCAGCAGCAACCACCACAACAACAACAACAACAACAGCAACCGCAGCAGCAGCAGCAGCAGCAGCAGCAGCAGCAGCAGCAGCAGCAGCAGCAGCAGCAACCUCCUCCACCUGCACCAUCUCAACCCACCAAGCCUGUCGAGCUGCCCAAAGUCGAGCCACCCACACCAGCUGUCCAGCCACAAGCAGGCGGAGGCUCAACCAAGAGGCCGAGUGCUGCGCCACCUGGGACCCCACCUCCAGCCAUGACCUCCGGAAAUGAGAGCGAAGCGCCCACCGUGACCGGCAGCACGCCGCAGAACGGCGAGAACAAACCGCCACAGGCCAUCGUCAAGCCGCAGGUCCUCACACAUGUCAUCGAAGGCUUUGUCAUCCAGGAGGGGGCCGAGCCGUUCCCCGUGUGUGUGGAGCGUCUGCCCAUUCUCAUCGACAGCCCGAAGAAGAUGGAUCAUCCGCUCUCCUCGGACCCCGACAAGACCCCCGUCAGCAACGCAGCAAACAGCGACUCCGAGACCGAGGACAUGAACACAUCAGAAAAAGAACAAGAACCCAAGCUGACAUGUGAAUACUGCGGCUGGGUCGAUUUUGCCUACACAUUUAAAGGUUCUAAAAGAUUCUGCUCCGUGGUUUGUGCAAAGAGGUACAACGUGGGCUGCACAAAACGGAUAGGCCUUUUCCGUCCAGAGAGGAGUAAACCGACCAAUCGCUGGCGUAGAAGAUCUCAGGGUCGCAGCAGUAUAGAGGCGAAGAAGCAGAAGCUGUCCCCCUCCCCGCAGCAGACUCAGGGUGGCUCUGUCUCCUCCCCCCACCCCUCGCAGCCCAGUCAGGAGGAGUCCAGCCCGUGUUCGGACAUGUCCAGCUACGAGGAACCGCCCUCCCCGCUCUCUGCAGCCAGCUCGGGGACCCUGCCCCCCGCCCCGGCCCCCGCUCAGGUCCCCGUACACCGGCACCCGAGCAGGGCCUCGGAACAGGAGGUCUGUGCUGUCAGAGACUCGCCUUCGCUCUGCUUCAUACCCAACGACCCCACCAAGUGGAACGUGGAACAAGUUUACGACUUCAUCCGAUCACUGCCAGGCUGUCAGGAGAUCGCAGACGAGUUUCGAUCUCAGGAGAUUGACGGACAGGCCAUGCUCCUGUUGAAGGAGGACCACCUCAUGAGCGCCAUGAACAUUAAACUGGGACCUGCACUCAAGAUCUUCGCACGCAUCAACAUGCUCAAAGACUCUUAGCACGUGCAUUGAUCUUGAUUAAUCUUUUUUUGUGUGAGAGAAGAGCGUAAAACAGGUAAAUGAUUUCCUCAUAGCACCGACAACACGGACUGACUGCUGCACUAUGACCUCAUCACUACUGAAGCCCCUCAAGCACUAAAAUCCUGCGUUUACAUGCAUUCAGUCACAAGGAAUACAAUCUGGAGCCACAGUGAGAUCUGUGCUUUAUGACAAAUGUUGAUUCUCACAUUGAAUGAGUGUAUCUGGAUAUCUGAUCUUGAUAAGGAACAAAGCAUGCAAAGGUGUAAGAGUACAAGCAUGCAGAACAUAUCGCAUUCAGGCUGCCAUAUAAUCCACCAGACCUGGGCGGUAUACUGCGAAGCGAGUUCAACAGAGCCAUAUCGUGUCAUUUCAUGACUAUUAUAUUUGAUUUACCACUCGAUGAAAUCUGUGCCUCUUGUGUGCCACAACUGCAGCUCUUAAACUUUGAAGCAAAAAGCAUGAGAAUAAAUUCUGCUCACUGAUUGACUAUAAAGGCCUGCUAUUUACAGGAACUAGUUAGAGAACAGUGGUGUUGGCUUAUUUUAAUCUGAACAUAACCUUGAAAGGAGCAGGUUAUGUCUGCAGCAUAAGUUACCAUGGCAAUCUAGCCAGGUUAAGAGAGCCACCUUCGUAGUACAGUAAACUCUGGCUUUAGGCUCAACAUACCUCGCUAACCCUCUAACUUGGCUUCGUAGUAUACCCCUCUGAUCUGGGUGUGGCCCUGCUUACAUGGUGUUCAGAUCUCAGCCAGGUGAAAUGCUUAAUGUUUGUGCAUUUAAAGCUUUUAUAAUGCAAUUAGCGUGUAGGACAACAUGCAUGAAAGGACACUGCAGAUUCGAGUUGCAGUUUAGACCUCCAACCCCAUAGUGCGCCCCAGUUAAAGUACAUUAUUGAAUGCAAAACAACACGCAGCAAGUUGAUAAAAUCACCCAACCAAGCUGCCAAUCAGAAAGUUACAAAGACCUAAGACAUGCCAUUUUGUCUUACCGUGACAUGUUUGUGAUUAAUACAGGGUGUGGAUUUAGAGGUAGUCUAUUAAAUGUCAUCAUCCAGAUAACACAUCUAGAUUCAGACUCUUUAGAUUAUAGCAGGUGUAAACAGUCAUGGAUUUGGCCAGAGAAAGAAAAAGUUGAAUGCAAGAGAACUCUUUUGAGAAGAACGAGCCUGCCAAAGUGCACUACCUGCUCAGUGGGGUCUGUUGGGGUCAUACUGCAGCACAGUCGUUGCUGAAUUAGGGCAUUAAUACAAACAUGAGUGAAUUCUGAAUUAAUUAAUAUUAUAUUAUUAGAGAUGUUUUUGUACAGUUUGGUUAGUGUAUGAAUGAAAGAGAACCAUUUCUCUUUGUAUGUGUGGCAGGGAACAGAAGAUUGCAUUCAUUAAAAUGUUCUCAUUUUUAUUCAGCAGAUGCUCCUUUUCCUUUUUUCACAAUAAGAACCUCACUGCUCUAGAAUACAAAGCUUGAAUGCAGAGAAACCGUUUACGCAGUGUCUUUUGUGACAUCGAUUUCCCUUUCAUGAGAAACUGGCCAGUUUUUCCCCUGUAGUUUUAAACUGCUUACAAAUUAUUUUUCACCGCUUUUCAAGAUGAUUUACUAAAAUAAGACAUUGAUUUCUUGUCUCAGUUUCAUAGGAGGACACUAAGUUAUCUGAGGAACAAUUGUGGUGUGCUGCUCUCUUCACAAAGCCCAACUUUUGGCACUUAUUUUCCUUUUUGUCUGCUUUAAUGUUUGAGACACUCCACCUGAAGUGAGGGCAGUGAUUGUGCAGAAAAGCAAACGCAUGUAUUUGUACAUAGAAGCUUGAACUAAGUGUAAAACUGUCAUUUUUUAAGUUAUCCUUGUUAUUUUAAAACAGAAAUGUAAUUAUGUUCAAUAUUUUUGAAAUAUGCAAAUGUAUAAAUAUCAUGGCCUGGGAGUUGUUUUUUUCCCCAAUAUGUUCAAAUCUAUUUGUGUUUUGUGGCUGUGAAGGAAGGUCAACUUUUAUAGGUGAGGCUUUGUCAAAUGCUUGUAUUUAUCAAAACAGUUUGUUACACAACAUUUUGCAAUUAUAAAUUAUUUGCAAUGCA